UUCUCUUCGUAUUCUUUACCCAUUAUCGUUAUAUUCCCAGUCCUUAUCCUGAACGUCAAGUCGAACCAUAUCAUAGAUCAGAGUCAUUGGCUAUCCUUACCCUGCAUCGGCACCUUCUCCGGUAGGGUCUCUGUCAGCACAAGCCGCAUCAUAACAACCUGUCAGAUCUCCACCUUUAUUGCUACGAUCCAACCCAUAAGCACCAAACCUCAGCUCCCUCUCGCCCCCGCAGCUCUACCUUGGCCUCAUGCGUACCAGAUUCGGCUGUUUUCCCGUUUCUGAAUCAGGUCGUAUUCUCCUUCGCCCGUUCUUACAUGAAUUCGCCGAUUCACAAUGGAGUCAGCCAGUGCUCCCGGGACGAUCGACCAGACUUUCGAUCAAGACCACGACGUAGGGUGGUGGUCGGAACUGGACAACAACGAAAGCUCUCUCAAUAAAGGCUCGCCGUCAGGCAAGCAGUCAGACCUGCCAAAACUGGACACCGACGGGCUGUACGACGAUGGUAUGAUUGGAGUCAGUAUAAGCCGAGUCCAGACUCACUUGAGAUCCCCUGGUACCCCAGCCGCUGAAAAGGCCCAAGCUAUGGAUUUGUCACUGGACGAUUCUCAGAAUGUUAUGAUCCUGGAGGAAGAACCCUACGAGAGCGACGAUCAGCAAGCCUCACGAUCACAGACACCCACUGCGGGCUUGACGCCAUCGCGACUGAACGAGAAGGGGAAGAGACUUCCGGCGGUGGACGAGUCGCCAGCUGUUGUACCACCUGUACAUGAUGCAGUAACCUCAGAGGAUCGCACACCUUCUGGCAUUGGAGAUGAGAAGCCUCAAGAUUCACUUGAAAGCAUACAAACAGUAAAAGUCGCGAGCCAGGUAAAUGCAAAUCAAAUCCCGAGGUCUAGCGAGAAUCAACGAUCGCCGCCCAUCAAUGAGCAUUCUUAUCACGCAACGCAACCACGAGCUGCUGAAAAACACAACGUCGGCAUACCACAAUCGAACAGACUCUCAGUUACGAAGAACUUGUUACAAGCGGUUGGGCAAGAAGGAAGACGCAGAGCUUCGAGCGGUCCGACAGCUCUCAUCUCCAGUUUGAAGAAGUUCAUGCCGGAUCUUCCGUCACCCCCUUUCAACUUCAGCUCCAUGUCACUCAUAUCUUCCAGUAUCAGAAGUGCAGGCCAUUCAGGCUCUUCAACCCCAAUCCGACCACAAAUCACUCCUCCAAACAUCUCUACAUCAUCUAAGUUCUCCUUUCAGAAUUAUCCGAGAUUGCGCAAGAUGUCCAACCCCGACACCCAAUCAACACAGUCUCAAACUCAUGCAACUAUGGUCAGGCCUUACUAUGGCCUCGAUGGGAACGUCGAGUCACUCUUAUCGCCAGUCAGCCCAGCAUCAACCAAAAGUCGACCUCGUUCAAACUCCGAAAGCUCCUUGUACAUAGGAAGAAGGGUGUCUGGAGUUUCUGCCUUCGACGAUACAAGUGCCUUUGCUGAAGUCACGGACAUGGCCAAUUCCCGAUUUAAAGCGAUCACAGACAGUUUCCAGAAUUCGACACUGCGGUUUCCCAAACUCCCGAUGAUUAGGCCAUCACCGAAGCGCCGGGUAUCGCCAGAAAACAGUUCUGCAAAUCCGCAAAUUACCGAGACUCUUGCUCCUGCCACCGAUAAAACAGGAAACCAGGACUACCACUAUACGUCGAUCAAGAAGAUGCGAAAUUCUAGGAAAGGGAUUGAAAUAGAAACCCCACAGCAACGAGCUCAUCCACGCUUGUCGCACGCAUUGUCAAAAUUGACGGAUGAUGUCGUUGUGCUAGGCGGCUACCGUGGCUCAAUCCUCAGGUCAGCUCAACCACCUCAUCGUCAGCUUUGGGUACCCGUGAAGGUUGGGCUAAAUCUUCGUCGGGUCGACCUCGAGGUCGGUCUGACGAGAGAAGAUGAAGAACGGAUGGAAGAAACCAUCAUCCCUUCCGGCAUUUUGUCACACAUUGGUCCAAUCGAUAUUUGCCGGAGAUUACUCAAGCACAUGAGAAAGUGUCCGAAUGCGCGUGAAAGCAAGCUGAGGGUUCAUGAAUGGGGAUAUGAUUGGAGACUGAGCCCGCGUCUCCUAAGCGAGAAGCUCAUUAGGUUUCUGGAAUCACUGGAAUGCAACCACCCGGAGACUCCUCCAGAGAAGCGAGGAGCAACGGUGCUUGCGCACAGUUUGGGAGGUCUGAUUACUCGAUAUGCAGUUAAUCAACGACCAGAGCUGUUCGCUGGAGUCAUCUAUGCUGGGGUUCCACAACACUGCGUCAACAUCCUUGGGCCUCUGCGCAAUGGUGAUGACGUGCUACUCAGUUCGAGAGUACUCACUGCUCAAGUCAACUUUACACUCCGAACGAGCUUUGCUCUCUUGCCCGAAAGCGGCCGGUGUUUCAUUCAAAAGCACACCAACAAGAGAUAUGACUUGGAUUUUUUUGACGCUCAGGUGUGGGAUGAAUACCACCUGUCUCCGUGCAUUAAUCCACCUUUGCAUCCAAGUCUGAGGAAUCAAAACAGUUCAGAGCGGCGAAAGAGCAUUAUGGAUGUCAUCUCAGAUAAUAUCUCGUCUAACAAACGCAGUUCUUGGUUUGGAGGGCAGAAUCCGCGGCCUCCAGAACCUUCACAAAGGGCGGAAGCGGCUACUCAGCAGGUCGCUGACAAAGCCGCAGAGGCCAGUCGGAUUGUAGAAGGUGAAGGUACGGACGAGGUGGUAGGGCCUACCAUGAAGCAGUCUCAGCAUCGCCCUACUGUUGCAACAACGAGCACGAUACCUAAACCCCUGGCAGCAGAAUAUCUUCGCCGCACUCUUGCCGAGACUUUGGAGUUCAAAAAGCAGCUGGUGUUUAAACCAAGCCAUCAAGAGCAGAAUCUGUACCCACCUCAUGCAUACAUGUUCGGAAAGACAGUGCCGACUGUCUAUGGAGCCAGAGUUGCAGAUGAGGAAGCGAUCAAAUAUGCCGACGUAUUCGAUGAUCUGGCAUUUGCCGCAGGAGAUGGUGUGGUGCUUGCCAGUGCUGCCCAGCUACCUGAAGGCUACCGAUGCGUCAAGGGAGGUCGAGUUGAAAGUGAUCGAGGACACGUUGGGCUCAUGGGUGACCUCGAGGGUGUUGGACAAUGCAUUGAGGCUGUUAUUGACGCACGAGCGAAGGGUGUUGGAUUGGGCAAAAGCUAUAGGCGCAAAAACAAGACAUCGAGCGAGUCCUAAGGCAUCUGCAUCAGGCUGUGGAUCGAUACCCAAGUUAACAUUAGUCUCUCAGCAAUAUUAUUAGUCUCUCAGCAAUAUUAUUUCUUGCUCACGAACA